CAGGUGUCUGACCGAUGUGACUAUGUCUUUGUCAACGGAAAGGAGAUGAAGGGCAAGAUAAAGGUGGUGGUGAACUUCACCUUCCAGCACCUGAGCAGCCCCCUGGAGAUGACGGUGUGGGUGCCCCGCCUCCCUCUGCAGAUCGAUGUCUCAGACCCUGAACUCAACCAGAUCAAGGGCUGGAGGGUGCCUGUGGUCUCCAACAAAAGGCCAGCCCGGGACAGCGAGGAGGAAGAGGAAGAUGACAGGAAGGGUCGAGGCUGCACCCUGCAAUACCAACAUGCCAUGGUGCGAGUCUUGACACAGUUUGUGGCUGAGCCGACUGACCCUGGUGGGCAGCUGACCCAUCUGUUGGGCUCAGACUGGCAAGUGGACAUCACAGAGCUGGUCACCGACUUCAUUCAGGUGGAAGAGCCCAGGAUCGCCAAGCUGCAAGGGGGACAAGUCCUGAUUGGCCAGGAACUUGGGAUGACCACAAUUCAGAUCCUGUCACCUCUGUCUGAUGCCAUUUUGGCUGAGAAGACCAUCACGGUGCUAGAAGAGAAGGUGGCCAUCACAGACCUUGGGGUCCAGCUGGUGACGGGGCUGUCCGUCUCCCUGCAGCUCAGCCCGGGAAGCAACAGAGCCAUCUUUGCCACAGCAGUGGCUCAAGAGCUCCUGCAAAAGCCCCAACAGGAAAUAGCCAUCAGUUGCUGGGUCCAGUUCAGUGAUGGUGCCGUCACACCCUUGGAUAUUUAUGAUGGGAAAGACUUCUCCUUGAUGGUCACAUCUUUGGAUGAGAAGGUGAUCUCCCUCCACCAGGACCCCAAGUUUAAAUGGCCUCUAAUCACAGCUGAAAUGGAAGGGCAGGGUGCACUGGUUAAGGUGGAAGUGGUCAUUAGUGAGUCAUGCCAGAAAUCCAAGAGAAAAAGCGUGCUUGCUGCUGGAACAGCUAACAUCAAAGUAAAAUUUGGCCAAAAUGAUGCCAACCCCAACACCAGUGACAGCAGACACACUGGGGCAGGGGCUCACCUAGAAAAUAAUGUCAGUGACCGAAGGUCAAAAAAAACCUUUCAAGAAUGGGAGACGCAAGAGGGACCCUACUAUAGCAGCUCUUCUGUGGGCCUCAUGGAAGGGAGAAGCUUCACCACAGAAAGGUCCACAUUCCAGAAGAAUGGCCGAGGGGGCCUUUUAGAAGAAGACCACUAUUUACAGACCAUUCCGUUUGAUCUCACCAGCUUCCCAGCCCAGGUGGACCACCCCAGAAAUAACGGGGACAUGGAUGAAAAUGACCUCACCCAGGCAUCCAAAGGGCUGAGUGACCUGGAAAUUGGCAUGUAUGCUUUGCUGGGUGUUUUCUGUCUGGCCAUCUUGGUCUUCCUGAUAAACUGUGUGACCUUUGCCUUUAAGUAUAGGCACAAACAAGUGCCAUUUGAAGAACAAGAAGGUAUGAGUCAUCCCCAUGACUGGGUUGGCUUGAGCAAUCGGACAGAACUCUUGGAAAAUCACAUUAACUUUGCAUCUUCCCAAGAUGAGCAAAUCACUGCCAUCGACAGGGGUCUGGACUUCGAGGAAAGUAAGUAUCUCCUCAGCACAAACUCCCAGAAGGGCAUCAAUGGACAACUGUUCAAGUCUUCUGGACCCAUACUCACUGAUGGGAAAGAUCUGAAAAGUGAGCCCCCGACAUCUCCUACCUCAAAAAGGAAAAGAGUGAAAUUCACCACAUUCACCACCAUCUCCUCAGAAGAUGGAUGUCCUACCAUGCACGCCACACUCACCAGCAGUGAGGAGACCAUGAACUGGGUCUGCCACGAUCUCAACCCCGAGGAACAUCAAGAGCUACACAGCUACAUGGAAAGGUCACACGAAGGCAUGUAAGCCAGACCUUCACAGAUGUUUGUUCUCACUCACCUCUUGGCCUUUAAUUUGGGGAUGUGUGGCAACAGUGUUCCCAGAGGGAGAAAUGAAAUGCAGGAUCAGAAAUGGAUGACAGCAUCCACAGAGCCCCAGAGGGCAACUCUGGUUCAGUCAAGUUCAAGGAGGCCCCAAGUUAGAAUACACACACACAUACACACACACACACACACACACACCUACAACCUCUUGGUCAGUGUUAGAGAUCUAUCAUUACAGGGUGAGAUUUCUUAACGUUAGAAGAGCAAUUAGUUCUGAAUCAUUGAACUUCUGAGGGAUUCCAGGAAAGAACAGCCUCUUUCUUCCAACAAGGCAAUGUGGAUAAUGUUAAAUGCCCAUGGCUCUACUCUUCACUACAUUGACUCUGGAAGGAACCUGAGACUCAGGUUAAGUAUGAAUGGAUCCCUGGGAUGGGGAACCUGGGUGUUUUGAGUCAGGCACAUGGGCCAAUAUCCCCAUGAGGCAUGCGUACAGGUGGUCAUCUCCCAGUGACUGAUCAACACAGGUCCAGUCACCCUCAUGGACAUUAAGGGACACAUGGACACAGAGACCACCAACACUGCUGUAACUAGAUGCCAAGGACAAGCAAACAAAACCCUUGGAGCAUCUCUGAGCAACCCUUUCUUUUUCUACUAGGAUCCUAGGUAUAAAGGCUCCAUGAGGUUCAAAGAACCUGGUUUAUUGUUUGUCUUCUUUAGCAAGUUCAUUCCAUGCAGAAUUUGUAUGCCUCCAUUUUGCUGCCAGCUCUUCAAAAGCCACUGUUUCUUUAGGAGCAGGGGCCCAUUCCCCAGUAUUCACUGGGUUUCUUCAGCUAUGAAAACUUUGUGUCAAGGUGAAAAUGUACAGAGCACCCAGGGUCGACCCCACAUAUUCACACUUCAACUUUCUGAAAGGUCCCCACUGUCCCCAAUGAACUCAGCACCAAGUAAUGCCAUUCUUCCUGCUUUUUCUAGAAAGAAUGGAUCACUUCAUGGAGGGUCUGUAGUCACUCAUGUUGGGUCCCUUGUCCAAGGCUGUCUUGACAAAUGUGAGUGUCAGACACAGGGGAGAGAGAGCUAAGACUGGAUGUCAGAAAAGGUAGACAUUUCUUGGAGGACACAAAGGGACAGAGGUGUCAUAUAGAAAGAAGCUAUGCUGGUCCUAAGAUGUUACCAGCUGUUAGCAUGACACUGGAAUAUCUCUAAAGUCCCUGAGGUGUCACACCUGUAAGGAUGGAGAUGGAGAUGGAGCAGAGGAGGUUCUGAAACAGCAUGGUGUGAAAGCCUCAGGCUCCACAUCCUGAGAAAAAUAGAAGAGGAGGAGGAAGAGGAGGGAAAAUGCAAUGCCUGGACUUUCUCUCUCUCUCUUUCUCUCCCUCUCUCUCUCUCUCUCUCUCUCUCUCUCUCUCACUCAUCUAUCUAUCUAUCCCCAUAUUAUAUUUCCCCUCUGUGUUAUUUUCUUUCUCUGCUCUUUAGAUCUCUCUCUCUCUCUCAGUCUCUUUUGUAUUUCUGUCCCUUACCUCUCUUUAUUUCCUCUCUAUCUCUCAUUCUCUCCUCCUCUCUGUGCAUAGAAUGGAAUUCUCUGUUGAUUGUGUGUGUAAGCCCCACUUGUUUGCCCUCUAGCCUCGACCCUCUCCCCUCUAAGAAGGGCCUUGCCACCUGCCCUGUCCAGGGAUCCAGGAGCCAUAAUCACCUGCCCCUGCCCCAAGCCCAUCUUUUUUCCUCCUUGUCUGGCUCUUGACAAAAUUCCCAUCCCAUUGCCAUGACAACACUGCUUUUGGUAGCCUCCUCCUCCUCCUUUCAUCCUUCCUUAAGUGAUGUUCUGGUGAAGCCGCAGUGGCUGUGCAUACCCCAGUCCAUCUCUGUGCAGAAUGUACUGUAGAUUGUAAGGAUGUAAUAUAUAUCUAUAUAUUUAUAAACCGACCAACUGUAAAUACAAAGUUUGCAUUCAGCGGCUGUAUGUCUGUCCUUCAUCUUUUCUCCACUCUCACCGCCUCCAAGGGGCCCGAGGCCAUCUCAAACAGACCUCCAAAUGUUGAGGCUUGGGGUAAAUGAAAAUUCAGAGUUAAGGAAGCCAGAGCAAUCCAAUUACACUCUUACAUCUUGUAAUGCCACUCUCGGCACGGAGGGAAUGUUGACACAUGAUGACAAAGUGCAUUGUGUACGAAGGAUCUCUCCUUCAGGACCUGAAAGGAUUUGCAAAUAAAUCACAUGUGCAGUUCUCUGCUAAAAGCCCACUGAUGGAUGGCGGUAAGUGAGAGCCAUGGCAGAUGAGUGUAUAUCCCAGUCUCCCUUUGGACUGGAGCAGGAAAAAUUGCUCUGUCCUUUCAUCAAAUCACACAUGUACAUUCAGAUGUCAAAUUCCUGAGCUCAGUGGCUGCCUAUCGUUGGGACUCAGGGCUAGACCAGGCUGAUCUUUAGGUUGUUUUGUUUGCUUGCUUGUUUGUUAAUUGCCAAAUGCAUCUUAAGAUGAAUCCAUAGUCAGAGAAGGUGCACAAAAUUCUUGCAUUCGUGCAGAUGAUAUCAGGGAAAGGAUCUCACGAUGAUUCAAGCAUUGUUUGCUAAGCACCUACUUUGUCCUAAGAACCAUUUCAAGCACUGGGAGGUCAAGAUGGCAGCUCCAUGCCUGAUCAGAAAGAUCUUAUGUCUAAUGGGCUGGGGAGAUCAGCAAGCAACAAAAUAAUUUUCAAAUGGUUUCGGUUUAUGUUUGUGUUUUUUCUUUUUUUUUAUAAAGAACAAUGAAACAGGUUUAUAGAACAAAGAAUAAGCCAGCAUCAACCCUGGUGGCCAUCUCACCUACCAAUGUAGAUUUCUGUCUUCUCUUGAAAAUUCAGUCUUAUGAUCUUGUAAACCAUUGUUAAAUCAUUAAUAAAAAACACAUUUAAGGGCCAGCGAAAUAGCUCUCUUGGAUAGUGUGCUGCUUUGCCAUGUGUUUAACCCAGGUUCAAGCCCAGACCCUACCACCCUGAAGGCAAUUUCAGUACUGUGGUCUCUUUCACUCUCUGAUGCUCUAUCUAAAAUAAUAAGUUUUUAAAAAUUCAGGGUGGGGAGAUAAAGGUUAUGCAAAAAAUCUCUUAUGCCUGACAUUCCAAGGUUCCAGAUUCAAUCCCCCUUACCACCUAUAAACCAGAGCUGAGCAGUGCUCUAGUGCUCUAGUUU